GUUUCACUACAUAUGUUUCCGUGUUUAAUGUUUUUUUUUAUAUACAAGUAGCGCCGUAGGCAUUGGCUUGUGCGUACAUAAUUUAAGACGAACGAAACACCGAAAAUUAUGGUUAUUAGCGGCGUUUAAAUAGUCCAAAAUGAAUACAUGCGGCUAUUUCCCAGUACUUUGUGUUUUAUCGUUGGUUUUUCAGGAUAUUUUCUGUAGCGAAUUUGCCAAUAGGAAAUACGCUCUAUCGAUGUUUGAUUUUCACGACGAUAUUUCAAGUGGUGAUAUCUUCAAGUCGUAUUUUUGGCUAAACUCAAAACAGCGAAGAAGUGUGAAACCGGGAGAUGGACAACUACAGACGCGAAAAACCAAACCGCGAUUUGAAUGCGGCGACCGGGUCUUAACACUUCUUCUGAAGCAUGUCGAUGUGACAAAUAUCAGAUUUUAUGGACCACGAGGAGACCUGCUUCACUUGAACCAUUUGGCAGCAUUUUGUGGCGUUUCCAUCAGAAAUACAAACACUGAUGUUCACCUGCUGCUCAACUAUGAUUCCUGUUAUAUGAGACGAGAGCCAACCAAACAUGUAUUAUCUCUGAGCUGGUAUGGGGCAGAUCUUGACCUGUCCUGUCCUGUAAGUGUUACCCCUCCUUCCAUCACAUGUAAGAACAAUAACAUGGAGUUGACUGUUGGUGAUGGAACAGCAGAUGAACUGUCCGUUGCAUUAAAUGGAGAAUGGGCACCUCUGCUUUAUGUGGCUACUCAAUGCUGGCACCGGAAGCUGUCUAAGGAGGGAGGUCUCGCCUUCUUGGUUGCAUAUACAAGCUGUGGUGUCACCAUCAGAGAUGAUCGUUCUCAUCUGAAAUUGAAACUAAAAGACAAGGUGAUCACACUGUCCUGUCCACAUGAGCCAAGACCAGUGUUUCCGAUCAAGGAUUCAGGACUUUCUGUGACAAACCAACAAUUGCCACAAAGGGUACCCAACGUAUACCAAAAGCAACCAAUUGGAUUCCCUACAAAAGCAAUAGCCAGUCAGAUAGUGGAGGAGCAAGCAUUUUCUGUUGAGGAACCAGCAGGAAAUGCAGCUAGAGCACCCUCUCGACACCGAAGUCCUUUGCUGCCUAAAAUACCGCCUUUACCUGGCUCUUUUAAUCUAGCUGUAAACUUCCCAUUUUCACUUCCCAUACCAACACGGCCGGCUCCCCGAGACCAUUUAGAAAGUAAACAUGUGGCUCCUGCCCUGACCUAUGCUCCGACCAUUGAUCCUACUGUCCCAAGCUCAGAGUUUAGCUCCAAUAUUCAAAAUGGACAGUCCCAUGUCCCUUAUGCCCAGACGCAAGAGGAACUUGAUCCAGUCACGAAGUCUCCUAAACCUGAAUCCCACCACAUGCAUUAUCCUCAUUUUGAAAGGCCUGCUUCAACUCAUUCUCAAACGGAGUCUUCACCAGCUCUGCAAUAUCAACUUUCAAGAGCGCCUGUCCCUAGUGCUGCACCGUAUCAGCCUUAUGGGUCCACUCAGAAAUUUCCUAAACCUAAUCCACUUCAAGUAAAUCCUGCUUUUGCCAGUUUAGCACAGUAUAUUCCACCUGGUUAUUUCCUAUGCUCCGAUGAUGGUCAAAAACUGCCACUUCGCCCACAGAUGUUUCGGCCUCCUGUUCCAAAUCAGCCUUCGCAAUAUCAAAAUCCUAGAUAUCAAAAGCCUGACACUACUCCACUUGAACCUGCUAAUCCUGAUAGACCUCCCAUUAAAGGUUACUCUGAACAUCAAUUGACUAGUGAUGUAGCUUCCAGCUCCCUUGAUUCUGGUGCCCCACUUUACCAGCCAACUCAACAUUUCCAGCCUCCUCUGUACCAGCGGUACUUCUACCAAAAUGGUUAUGGUCAUCAAGGACCCACCAGACCCUUAUCUACUUCUCAGCGUAUUCCCAUAAAUCUGCAAUCUCAAACAAGGCCAUAUCCUCCUUAUCCUGCUUCUCAAGAUUCAAGACCCUUCCAGCCACAAUAUUACCAAAAGCCUAGUCAACCUUAUGGGUCAAUCCAACAGCCUUGGUCAUCCAGACACUUUCCUGUUAAAGUGGUGUCUCAAGACUCGAGACCAUUUAUGUCAGCCUCAAGCCAGAGACCAGAGUAUCUGCAGUAUCAGAGUGGUGGAGACCAAUCUCCAAAUCCAUAUCAGAGGUCUGCUAUCCAUAACCCUGGCACAGGAAUCUCAAGUCACUCACAAUACCAGCCCAAUCAGUUUUCCAAACUUCUCUAUCCGCCAUUCAGACCAGAGGUACUUUCAGGUGCUGUUUCCACAGAAAAUACUCAAUCUAGUUCUAGAGGAUUUUUGCAGCCACGGUCCCAAGCUUCAAUUCAAAGUCCACUUGUGUACCUUCCUUCGCUGGAAAAAACUCAGGCACAGGUUUCACAAGUUCCUUACAGUCAGGAUCCUUCAUUUGGGUACAUGCAGAAUCCUGAUAUCCACCCUGAAAGGCCAAGCGAACCAAGAAGUUGGAAGCCUCAGAAUGACACCAUUCCACCAUAUCCGCCAUUGAGACCAGAGGUACUUUCAGGUGACGUUUCCACAGAAAAUACUGGGGCUAGUACUGUAGAAUUUUUCCAGCCACGGUUUAAAGCUUUAAGUCCACCUGCACACCUUCCUUUACCAGAAAAAACCGAGGCACAGGUUAAAAGGAUAGGGGAACCAAGAAGUUGGAAGCCUCAGAAUGACACCUUGCCACAAUUGAGACCAGAGGUACUUUCAGGUGACGUUUCCACAGAAAACGCUGAGACUGGCCCUGUAGAAUUUUUACAGCCACGGUUUAAAGCUUUAAGUCCACCUGCACACCUUCCUUUACCAGACAAAACCGAGGCACAGGUUGAAAGGCCAGGCGAACCAAGAAGUUGGAAGCCUCAGAAUGACACCCUGCCACUGCACCAAUUCUUCAGACGGGCAAGACUACCGAAGAAGGUUUAUGUGCCCCCACACUUCAGGUCUGCCUGAAAGAAAUGAGUGCAAUUUGGCAUAAGGCAUUCACGCAUUUCUGCAGCCCUCCAGCUGCUGAUGCUCACAGUUAAAAUGUUGCUGGGAAUGACGUACUAUGUUUGGAAGAGAUGGUCUUAAAUAACGGUAUUUUGGGAGGUUGUUUAAACUUCAAGAUUUUGAUAAAAUGAGUUCAGUGUGAAAGUGUCAUGCUAAAUCUGUUCUAUUGAUAAUGCAAUAAAUAUUUGGAAGA